UCUGCAUCCGGUUUCCAGCCCCGCACUGUCAUUGUUGUAGGAGCCAUGAUGAUGGGCAGCGGGAUGAGAUUGUUUCCUGGCGGACCGGCACCGGGGGCCCUGCACUCCUUCCCCGGGGAGCUGACCGGGGCCGGAGAGGGACCCCUCCGACACACCAUGAACCCGAUGGUAACGGGCACCUCUGUGCUGGGCGUGAAGUUCGAUGGAGGAGUGAUCAUCGCAGCCGACAUGCUGGGCUCCUACGGCUCUUUGGCCAGGUUCCGGAACAUCUCCCGUCUGAUGAAAGUCAACUCCUGCACCAUGCUGGGCGCGUCCGGCGACUACGCCGACUACCAGUACCUGAAGCAGGUCAUCGACCAGAUGGUAAUCGACGAGGAGCUGGUGGGCGACGGUCACAACUACAGCCCUAAGGCCGUCCAUUCCUGGCUGACCCGCGUCAUGUACAAUCGCAGGAGUAAGAUGAACCCCCUGUGGAACACGGUGCUCAUCGGUGGGCUCUAUAAUGGAGAGAGUUUCCUUGGAUACGUAGACAAACUCGGCGUGGCUUACGAAGCGCCGACGAUCGCUACGGGGUUUGGCGCGUACCUGGCUCAGCCGCUGAUGAGGGACGUCGUGGAGAACAAGCCUAACCUGACGAGGGACGAGGCCCGGCAGCUCGUGGAGCGCUGCAUGAGAGUGCUUUACUACAGAGACGCCCGCUCCUACAACCGAUAUGAAAUCGCCACGGUAACGGAGAGCGGAGUGGAGAUCGAAGGACCCGUCUCUUCCGAGACCAACUGGGAUAUUGCGCAUUUGGUUAGUGGGUUUGAAUGAAGUCGUCGGCACAGAAGUCUCCUCUUCAUCUGUCUUAUGUCUGUUGUUUGAAUAAAGCGGUCUGUUUUUGUAAACCGA